GCCGAGCCAGCAGCAGCUUCGGCUCCAGAUAAUCAGAUGACGGAGCUGAAAAACAUUCUAGCGUCAUUCAUGACUACCACUCAGGCAACUGUCACGAGGUUGGACCAGAGCAUAGCCUCACUAGAGGUAGGCUAGAGGAACCAAGGUGCCAUUUUGCAAGAUCUACAGAACCAGAUGGGUAGCAAGGCUCGCCAAAUUUAUACCCGGGCCCCUGGAACUCUACCUGCCACUACCAUCCCCAAUCCACGGGAGGAGCACCAGCAGCUGGAUGCCAUUUUUACCAGGAGCGGUAAGACCAUAUCCGCUAAUCCUGUCCCGGCCAGGCAGGAGGGACCACUACCUGCUUCAGCACUUCCAGCCGACGAUGCAGAAGUGCGGAUGGAGAAGGAAGCCCCUACUCCCAAGCCACAACCAGUGGUUAAGAAGCAUGUACCCCAGCUUCCCUUCCCCACUCGCCUGCACAAAGACAAGCUGGAGACUGAGUUUGCCAAGUUUAUGGCAAUGUUGAAGCAGCUCAACAUCAGCAUACCGUUUGUGGAGGCACUGUCGAAGAUGCUCAAGUACGCGAAUUUCAUGAAAGAUCUCCUCACCAACAAGAAGAAACUUGGGGAUCUCUCGACAGUGUUGCUGAGCAAGGAGUGUUCUGCUAUCCUGCAGAACAAGCUGCCCGAAAAGCGCAAGGACCCAGGGAGUUUUACUAUCCCUCUUACUAUUGGCUGCAUGCAUGUAGGCAAGUCCUUGGCGGACCUAGGUGCUAGCAUAAAUGUCAUGCCAUAUAAGUUGUUUAAUAAGAUAGACUUAGGUGAACUUAGCCCUACUAGGAUGAGUAUUCAGCUCGCUGACUGUUCCUUUGUGCAUCCUAGGGGUGUCAUAGAGGAUCUGCUUGUUAAUGUAGGUGCAUUCACAUAUCCUGUUGAUUUUGUUAUUCUGGAUAUAAAUGAGGAUGUGUAUGUGCCUUUGAUUCUGGGUAGACCAUUUCUUGCCACCUACAAGGCACUUAUUGAUGUGCAUGAUGGUAAACUGAUCCUGCGUGCUGGGAAUGAACAGGCUACUUUUUCUGUGACUGAAUUCGAUCACUGUGCUAUGAUUGCUGUCACACCUGUGCAUGCCAUUUCUGACCUGGUACACGAGCCUGUCGUGUAUCCUUCUGCAUCUCUCAUUUUGCAGGAUCCUCCUCUCACUCCUUCGCCGCCACUCCAUCCAGCCUCGCCUCCGAACAAAAAGAUCAAGGAGGAGUGGUGGCCGAAGCAACAGGUUGCUAAGCCUGCACGGAAGAAAGGUGGAGACCACUACGAGCUGGUUCCACCUCCUGCACCACGACCACCCUGGCCAUCCAAGUACUCACUCGCCUGCAUCUUGCCGGAUGGCCAAGUCGAGCUGACCAAUGCUGGUGGUCGCACCCGUCGGGUGCAUGGCCACAACCUGAAGCUGUACCUCAAGAGCGAUGUGGAUCCGCUCUUGGAGUCACCUGUUCCUGCACCCCGCUGAGUAUCCACCAUGGGCGUCCAGCUAAAAGACGGUAAAGAAGCGCUUGUGGGGAGGCAACCCCACCACGGUUUGACUUUCUUUCUUGUGUUUUGAGUCGGAUUGUAAACCGGUUUGGUUUUGGUUUGUGUUCUUUUGUUUUGGAUGAUGUAUUAUUGGGCUGACCAUUGGACCUAACAUAUUGUGUUUGAGCUCUUUUGGUCCCCUUUAGCUGUGCUUUGUUCCAGACUGGUCCCUCUCUAGUCCGCUUCACUCGGCGGGUCCGCUUCCAGUCUCAUGUAGUCCGUGCGCACUGGUAACAUCGUUCCCCUUAUCCUUACCUCUUCUUCAUUGAGGGCAAUGUCGAUCUUAAGUGUGUGGGGGGAGGGAUGUUUAUCUUUUGACUGCAUUAGAUCUGUUUGUGUGCUUGGAGCCUAGUCCACUGUCCAAAUCUCGAGAUUUGAGGGCUCCAAGCACUGCUGUUUGCUUGAUUUUUGAUCGUAUUGGCACUGUGGAUGUGAUUAGUGAAUUGAAUGGCUUUUGACUUGAUGCAUGACAACUUGAGUGUGACUAAGACAGCUUAUUAUGAUGACUGAGAUGUGCAGUAGAACUGUGUAGGGGUUCAGUUUUUCAACUGUUUGCUUACCAACGGUGACUUUGAUUGAUCACUUGCUUUUGACUGUCAUUUAUGCAUCUAGUCCAGGGAAUCAGAACGAGAGAUAGAGCAUAUAGGUAGCCAUGUGAGAUUUGAGCCUGCUCGUUUCUUUCUUGUGCGAUAGUUCCCUCUUCCAUAAUAUGCAGCAUUCACGUUGUCAUUAGCUAAGAUGAUGGAGGCAUAGGAUUAGCCCACGACCAAAUUGACUGUCCCGGUGUGUCAUACCCCCUAGUCAGCCCCUUUAAGCCGUGUGUUACCCUUUCUUUCGGUCUGCAAUGCUAAAUCACCCUUUUGCAUCUCUUAGAAGGUUCCACAGAGUGGUUUCUUGCAUGUUCUUUGCUGUUUCUGCUAAAUAUAAUGUGAGAGUUGGAGGUAGUUCUUUAAAAGUUGGGCACGUGUUUGAAAAUGUGCAGAGGUGGUGGUUCUCUUAAGAAAUGAAAAAAAUGAAAGAAAAACAAAGAAAAAAUGAAAGCAAAAGAGAGCCACCAUAAAAAAUCUAAAUAGUGCCCAUUAAGUAGUGUUUCUCAGCAAUCUGGCUUAGAAAUACUAACAUUUAUGUGACCUCCUUCGCUCUUGUGUUCUGAAAGAUUUGAGUAAUGUAGAAUAGCAUAAAGAAAGUUACUGGUUUGAUUGAUUGUUAGUUUGUUGGGUUUGGAAAUGUGGAGCCUUGUGCUAUGAAUACUUCCACCACCUAAAAGGCCUUUUCCCCAUGUCCAAGACCCUAGCCAGUCAUCUGAACCUGUGUCUAAGACCUCCGGAUUAGUUAGUGGUGACACCUCAUUUGUGAACUCUAGCAUUUAGAGGCUGCCUUCAUGGUGAAGAGACGUUAGGGAUUGAGAGAAUAAGCAUGCGCAUUUUUC